UUGAACUUUGAACUCCUGCGGGCGGCGAAUGAAGAGCUGAGAAACAAACAUGGCGGAAAAGCGCAGCCGCCGGCGGCGAUGUUCACCUGAAGCCGAAAGACGAGCAGCGUCCCUGAGACGGGACGGCGAUGCCGCUUCUCGUGACGGCUACUCGAGACUCUCCAGGCUGCUGGCCGCGGGAUUUUACGGACUCGCUUCCUUUGUCAUCGUCGUUGUGAACAAAAGUGUCCUCAGCAGCUACAGAUUUCCCUCGUCGACGUUUGUUGGGAUCGGCCAAAUGUUGGCCACGGUGGUGAUUCUGAGGGUGGGCAAAAUGCUGACUGUCAUCUCAUUUCCGGACAUGGACCCGAGUAUACCGCGCAAGAUGUUCCCGCUGCCUCUACUCCAUGCAGGGAAUCAGAUAUCCGGACUGUUAGGGACUCAACGGCUCAAUUUACCCAUGUUUACGGUUCUGAGGAGGUUCAGCAUCCUCUUCACCAUGCUGUGCGAAAGCGUCCUGCUCAGAAAGACGUACUCGACGGCGAUCCAAGCCACCGUUUUCACGAUGAUCUUCGGCGCUUUGCUAGCCGCCAGCGCCGACCUGGCGUUUGACCUGGAGGGCUACGUCUUCCUGAUGCUGAACAACGUGCUGACGGCGGCCAGCGGCGCUUACAUGAAGCAGAAAUUGGAUGCCGAGGACUUGGGCAAAUUUGGACUCCUCUACUACAACGCCCUGAUCAUGAUUUUACCCGCUGUGGCGUACGCGUACUACACCGGAGACGUGAAAAAGAGUUUGGACUUCGACGGCUGGUCCGACAAGCUGUUUGUCGCGCAAUUGGUCCUCUCCUGCGUCAUGGGCUUCAUUUUAACGUACUCCGUCAUGCUGUGCACGCAGUACAACUCGGCGCUGACCACCUCCAUCGUGGGCUGCAUCAAGAAUAUUUCGGUGACCUACGUUGGGAUGGUCCUGGGCGGGGACUACAUCUUCUCCUGGACCAACUUCAUCGGGUUGAACAUAAGCAUCGCUGGCAGUCUCGUGUACUCCGUCAUCACCUUCACACAAGAGCCAACGAAAAAGACGUGAAUCUCACCUUGAAGAAAAGACACCCGCCAAUCACUUUUUCGUCUCUUAUUAUUACCAUAUGGCAGCUUGUUCUGCAUGUCGUUAUAUUAAGUCUGUAGGUUUUUUUUUUCAAUUGUGAUGUCAUGUGACUAAGGAAGCGUAACUGCGAUUGGCUGGCUGUUCAGUUCUGACCUGAAGUAACCCUGCCAGGUGGCACAGACGGUGAAUUUCAGACAGCAAAUUGUAGACGGGUUGAAUCGUUAACGGAAAAUUCCGGUGGUUUGCAGUGUUUUGAGAAGCUUUUUAUCGACGACUACAAAUUUUCAGUGGCGCCGCCAUUUUUGCAAGUCACAUGAGCGACGUGGGCCGAUGCGACGUGUUCCGUGCCGUUCCAAAUUUCUGAUUUAUCUUCAUCCGAUGAAGAAAUAGGAGUAUCGGCGGAGUAUUUCCAUACAGAUUUGAACCUGUGGCUGUAAAUAAUGUUAAAUAUUCAGAUGGUUCUUCCGUCUUCCCGAUCAACCGAUACUGCUGUAUUUCCUCAUCAGAUGAGGCGAAAUCCGCGCUGGCCGUAAUUGUGUCCCGCGUAAUCGAACGUCAAAUCGGCGCACGUAGGUCACGUGGCUCGCCCAAAUGGCAGCGCACCUGAAAAUCCGUAAUUGUCAAUUAAAAAUCUUCUCAAAACACUAUUAAAUGAGAUGAUUUAACAUCACAUGAUCAAGAUAAGAGUAUGUAUUACUGAAUAGAUUGCUACUACCGUAAUUUUCCUUUAACAUUGACAAGUUACACUGAAAUCCAACUAUUGACGAAUGUGCCGACUUUACAUUUCAAAUUCAAAUCCUGGUGGCACUUUUUUCCUUCCAUACAGGUCCGAACUUUUUCCAAACGUGACUGACGAAGUUUCUUUCGGCUUGUCCCGUUAGGGGCGACCUCCACAGCGUGACCUCUCAGAUGAGCGGACAUAUUUGUUUGGCGCAGUUUUUAAACGCGAGACGCAACCCUUCUCGGGAUAUGAACUCACGACCCCUGGUUAACUUUUUCAUUUUUUUGUAAUUAAAAAACAAAAAUUGUUUUUAAUCAAGCAACAAGAGUGGUUGUUGGCUCAGCGUGCUUGGAGGCGAAAGGAUCUUCAUCC